AAUAUAAUAAUGUGCGCCUCAUGUAAUCAUGCCUUCACAUGCAGAUACUGAAGAGGAGCGUUGACUGAUGUGUAGGAGACACGAGGAGCUGGAUGGGUCUAAAGUUACAGGAGUUUCAGGAGCUUCAGGAGCCGCCGCUGCUCUUUUUUCCUCGUUCGUUUGUGUUUCGCAGACUUAGUGAAGUUCUGACCAAUGUUCUGGCAAUGUGACUGAUUGAUCCAGUAGAUGAACAGUAAAGAUUAAGAGGAUGACAAAUAAGCAUGCUGCUUACACAGCGCUUGGGGCUAAUCCUCCCCCUCCACCCCCCAGGCCUCCCUUUUGAGGACCUGCUGCCCAGAAGGACCCACAGACAGUGACGGACCGGAGGGAGGACGACACCAGACAACCUGUCCGAGUGCAACAAGUGUCGGCUCACAGCUCAUGGCAGGACCUCAGCCCAUCUGCAUCCCCUCAGUACAGUAGAAACCUGCCAUCUGUCCAGCGGGGCACCAGGAGGCCCCGCAGCAAACACAAAAGGAACAUUUUUGUGUUGAUUUUGGACCCUGAAAAGAGGACAAAUACUUUACAGCAAAGUUUAUCUUCUGCAAUCUUCAGUCAUUCGAGGAGGCUUUUUCUGCAAAAAAGAAGUAAAAAUGAUGGAGGAUCACCUGUCCAAGAUCCCCAUGAUGCCGUCUGCUUCACCCACCGAAUCCUCCGGCAGUGGAGGGACUGACGACAGCAGAGGAGCCAAGAGUCCGGCUCCAGGAAAAGCUCUGAGUCCAGCUCUGGUCUGCAAAGUCUGUGGAGACACCAGCAGCGGGAAACACUACGGCAUCUACGCUUGCAACGGCUGCAGCGGCUUCUUCAAACGCAGCGUCAGAAGGAGGCUCAUCUACAGGUGUCAGGCCGGUACUGGCAUGUGUCCAGUGGAUAAAGCUCAUCGGAACCAGUGCCAGGCGUGUAGGCUGAAGAAGUGUCUGCAGGCGGGCAUGAACAAAGAUGCCGUGCAGAAUGAGCGGCAGCCUCGCAGCACAGCUCAGGUCCGUCUGGACUCCAUCGACGUGGACCCUGAGAAGGAGCACCUGGCCACCACCCGGGAGCCCACCUCCUCAUCAUCAUCAUCUUCCUCCUCUUCCUCCUCCUCCUCCUCCAGCGGCUCCGUCAUCACGUGGCCCCACAUCACCUCCUCCAUGUCCAUCACCUCCUCUGUGGCCCCCCAGCGCUGCGUCAGCCCCCAGAACAACCACCGCUUCAUGGCCAGCCUCAUGACGGCCGAGACCUGCGCCAAGCUGGAGCCCGAAGACGUUGACGAAAACAUUGACGUGACGAGCAAUGAGCCGGAGCGAGCGUCCUCAGAGUACCACAUGGCUCUUUACCCGUCCAGCUCCGAGAACGUCUACGAGACUUCAGCCCGGCUGCUCUUCAUGUCGGUGAAAUGGGCCAAGAACCUGCCGGUGUUUUCCAACCUGCCCUUCAGAGACCAGGUGAUCCUGCUGGAGGAAGCCUGGAGUGAGCUCUUCCUGCUCUGUGCCAUCCAGUGGUCUCUUCCUCUGGACAGCUGUCCUCUGCUCUCCCUCCCUGAUCUGUGUCCCGGCAUGCAGGGCAAAACCAGCUACACCAGCCUGGACCUCCGCCUGCUGCAGGAGGUGUUCAGCCGCUUCAAGGCGCUCGCCGUCGAUCCCACCGAGUUCGCCUGCCUCAAGGCCAUCGUGCUCUUCAAGCCAGAGACUCGUGGUUUGAAAGAUCCAGAACAGGUGGAGAACCUGCAGGAUCAGAGUCAGGUCAUGUUGGGUCAACACAUCCGCUCUCAUUACCCGAGUCAGCCAGCCAGGUUCGGAAAGCUGCUUCUCCUCCUCCCAUCGCUGCGUUUUGUGAACUCGGAGCGAGUAGAGCUGCUGUUCUUCCACAGGACCAUCGGAAACACUCCCAUGGAGAAGCUGCUCUGUGACAUGUUCAAAAACUAAAACAAGCAAACCUCCUGCAGUCAUCCAGAGUCUGACGGGAUUAAAACCCGACAGAUAUUUGCUUUGUAUUACUGUAUACUUAUCAGAGAUUCUGCGUGCUGUUAUUUUUGUAAAGGCCACUUUAUUAUUGUUUGUUUGUUGUUUCCACAUCAGGUCAUUCUGAGAUGAGAAAAGAUGCAGUUCAGUUCUCGUCAUCAUGCUUGCUGUCUAUUUGUAUCAUAUAUAGACUCUCGAUCACAUUUCAUCCUCUAGAUUUUCUUUGUUUUUGUGUUUUUUUUCUCAAACCUACAUGCAGAUCUUUAUUUGUUUGGUGAUAGAUGAACUGUAUAACCUGCUGUCAUUCAUGUGACUCUUGUAUUCAUGUUGUCAUGCCUUGAUGAAGU